GUUCUUCUCUCUCUUUCUCUCUGAUCUGACUUUCUCCUUCUCCAGCUGUCCAAAAACAGCUGGAGAGGGACACCCAAAAGCAGCCAAUCCCAAAAGGCCAGGGGAGGGGCUUGCUUCCUUUUCAACUCAUGGCAAAUUACAGCUAUUCCAGGGAUUAGCUGGGAUCUGCCCUCCCCACAGUUGGUCUAAGGUAACAAGGCAACAUACGAGGGAGGAAAAGAGAGGUGGGCAUCUUGGACAGCUAGGAAAAAGAGCUAAGGAGGAGAAAAACGAAGAGGCAGAAGGAGAUACAGUGUGGCUGAAGAAGAGAAGGAUUGUCCAAGGGGAUGGGUUUGCCUGGAAGCUACAACCCUCACCUGCGCCGCUGCGUCACCUGCUGACACCUCCUCGCACCCGCUUUUCCUGCACAACACACAGGCUGGGCCACCAAUCCCCCAAGCCCGGCCUAGCCUUGGCCGGGACAAAGGCCAAUCCCUCAGAGAUGGGGGUGGCCAAGACCAUCCGGCGUUUCAGCGGGAGUGGCGGGGUGGGAGAGCUCCGGGAAGAGGUGUCCGUGGAGUCCCCCACCAGCCUCCACAAUGGCAAGUCCACCCGCGUCCGGCAACGCAGCCGCUUCGUGAAGAAAGACGGUCACUGCAACGUGCAGUUCGUCAAUAUGAGCGAGAAGGGCCAGCGGUACCUCACUGAUCUCUUCACCACUUGUGUGGACAUCCGCUGGCGCUGGAUGUUUGUUAUCUUCUGUCUCUCUUUCGUCCUCUCCUGGCUCCUCUUUGGCUUCACCUUCUGGCUCAUUGCUGCACUGCACGGGGACCUUGCGCCCAACCAGCCCCCAGACUCCAAGUCCUGCUUCUCCGAGGUCACCAGCUUCAUGGCCGCCUUCCUCUUCUCACUGGAGACCCAGACAUCCAUUGGGUAUGGCUUCCGCAGCGUAACAGAGGAGUGCCCAUCUGCUGUUCUGGCUGUGGUUUUGCAAUGCAUUCUGGGAUGCAUCAUUGACGCCUUCAUCAUUGGAGCAAUCAUGGCCAAGAUUGCCAAGCCCAAGAAGCGCAACGAGACCCUCGUCUUCAGUGAGACUGCUGUGAUUGCCAUGCGUGACGGGAAGCUCUGCCUCAUGUGGCGUGUGGCCAACCUGCGGAAGAGCCACUUGGUGGAGGCCCACGUCCGGGCACAGCUGCUGCAGCCCCGUGUGACCCCUGAGGGCGAGUACAUCCCCCUGGACCACAAUGAUGUCAAUGUGGGCUUUGACAGUGGCACUGACCGCAUCUUUCUGGUGUCGCCAGUGACAAUCGUGCAUGAGAUCGAUGCCGAAAGCCCCCUAUACGAGUACGGUCCCGAGGAGCUGGCCGAGGCGGACUUUGAGCUGGUGGUCAUCCUGGAAGGCAUGGUGGAAGCCACCGCCAUGACCACACAAUGCCGCAGCUCCUACCUGCCCAGUGAGCUGCGGUGGGGGCACCGCUUCGAGCCUGUUCUCUUCGAGCGACGCGGCCACUAUGAGGUUGACUACCAGCACUUUCACCGUACCUACGAGGUGCCUGGAACCCCCUCUUGCAGUGCAAAGGAGCUGAGCCACCGCAAGUACAGGGCGCCCCCCGCAGGAGCCACUGCGGCACGUGCCUCCUUCUGCUACGAGAACGAGGUGGCGCUCAGUUGCUGCCGUGAGGAAGAGGAGGAAGAGGAGAGGCAGGGAAGCCGGCGGGUGAGCCUGGAGAAUGAAAUGGCCACCGCCACGUGACACCGCCCGUGUCCUUGGACUGAGGAGGGCUGUGGGGAGGCGGGGACCAUGCCAACACCACAGUUUGCAUAGCUGGGCAGCAGAGGUAGCUGGACAACGGAUAACACUGUCACACUUCACCCGUCCUGUCCCCACACAAAAUAACCAGCAACCAGGCCUCAGCUUUUUGGAAGAAGCUGUGCUGCUUAUAUCUCUAGCUAUUGGGAGAAAGAGAGGGCAUUCCCUGCCAUUAUGGCCAAGAUGGUAGCCCUGGUACAAACAAAGGGAUUCCCCACGAUCAUUCCAGACAGGGAAGAUGACUGUGGGGUUCUGGAUGCUAGUAGGGGGCCCAAACCAAAUUUAAACACAACAGGGAAACUUGAGGGAGCAGAAUCCUUCCAUGGCCCUCGAAGGAAGGGAUGCAUCUCCUGAUGCUUAUGGCAGAACUUGUGGUUGCGACCAUCGAGGUGGGAGCUGGAAGGCGAGCUUCAUGGACAUUUGAGGACAAUGCUGAAUGCUGCUCUGCUGGGAAUGCCUGCCCUUGUGUGGACUUGGGCUGUGGAUGUCUUAUGUAUGGGGCUGUGAUAUGUAGCAGGGAGAGGGGUUCCAUGAACUCCGGAGGCCACUGGUCAGUGGAAUUCCACAAAACUGGAAAGUAUCUGGUCUGUUGAGCUUAUGAAAAUGCAGGUAGGUGGCUUGUUCUGUAGUUUUAGAGGUGUGUGUUUCUCUUCAGAUACAAGGGCUAAAAAGUAUGUGCCCGCAGGGCGAGAAACUACACAUGAUUUGAACACCCCUGAAACUUGUUUGUCAAGCCCUGUUGGGGAAUUCCAGCAAAAGCAACUGGACAUCGCUGUAGUUUUAAAGUAACUGGCAGGUCUAUUGUGGCUGACAAUAUCUGAAGUAAGGUGAUUCUUUCUUUAAAAGGAGUUGCAGAAGUUAUAUAAAAUGUGAUCUGCCAAAAAAGACAA